AUGUUCACUUCAUCAAGGGUUCGCAGCAACUGUGUGGCUUUAUUGGUGCUGCUCACGUGCUCGCUUCUCGCCGUUGUCCUGCUGCUACCGGUUCUGAUCCAGUCGAGUGUCUUCAGAAUCAACAAAAUGAGUAUGAUUCCGCUCUCGGAACACUCUGAAGAACUGCGUCUUUCAGAUAUGCAAGGGACUACCAUAUCAAAGUGUGUAUUCGAUUCGGACGCAAUGUUCACACUCUACACGUUCAUGAUUGGUUUCGCCCUGCCGGCAAUGCUCAUCACUCUAUUCUACUCCCGGGUUAUCUACAAAGUGCAAAAAUCUACUCGAAACAUGCACGGAGGGCGAACACUUACUGCUGCUCAAGGGAGAAGAGACCCUUCCACUUUGAGGGUUCAGCAAGUAACAAAACGUAUAGUCGCUGUCAUUCUUUUCUACUUCCUUUGUUGGACGCCGCAGUGGACGUUGAACUUGAUGUCUCAGUUCAACGUUAUACGCGUAUCAUGGAUGACGCCGGCCCUUUCGGCGAUGUUCUUCGUUGCUCACCUAUUGGUUUGCUUCAACUCAGCGGCGAAUCCAGUGCUUUAUGCGCUGAUCAAUCGGGAACUGCGUCAGCAGCAUGUGAUGGCGAUGGCGAGGAAACGACAGUCGUUCACUCACGCCACCCACGACGCUCUUGAGUUCGUCGCCCGGCACACGCACAAGUCUGCACUGGCCAUCACCUAA